AUCGGCUAAUUUCGUAAGCAACUUAAAGUUGAAGCAGUUGCAGCAACAGUUUAUGGUAAUUCAGUCCAACAUGUCUCACCUUCAGACUAUCGUCGAUGAACAUGAACUAACAAAUGAAAAUGUUUCAUUUCACAUAACAAGAAUUCUACAAGAUCAUUCAAGAGUGGAAAACUCGAUAAAUGAUCUGAUGAACAAUCUCUCAGUUGUCAUAGAGAGGGAAGAAAAUAUGAAGAUUGAAAUGAAAAGGUUCACCCUCGAAUGGUCUUCCUUUCUAGUGGAAAACAAGAAAGAAGUAACAGCAAUGAAACAGAAAAUGAAUUCCACUGCUGAGGAUUCUAAAGAUCUGAAAUUUCUUAUUGAUGCAAGCAAUGUGUCCUGUGAAACAAAUAUAAAGGCACUGAAAACAUCUAUGAAAAUAGUCACUGCUGACCUUUCUUCAGUUGAGGCUUCAAUUUCAAACCUUCAACAGGAUUUGAACUCAUCAAAUAUUUUACAAGAGCGCUCAAGAGAGGAAAUCUACAACAUCACAAACAAAGUACAGGAACUUCAAACUCAUAUAAAUAAUUCAGGUAAGAUUGACAAGAUACAAGAUGAACUGACGUUUUUGUCUGAAGCCGUCAUUGAUUACGAGACGUCUUUGUUUGAAGCCACCAGUGAUUACGAGACGAGACUGACGCGUAUAUCUGCGGAAGUGACGUCAAUCAGAGCUAAUAUUGCUUCAUUCCAGAGCAACCUUAACUUGACUAACAACAAACUUUUAUCACUAGUUCCCGUGCGAUUGGUCGGUGGGAGUACUCAGAACGAGGGUCGAGUAGAAGUGUGGUAUUCUGGUACCUGGGGGACAGUUUGUGAUGAUUCCUGGGAUAGUAUGGACGCUAAAGUUGUUUGUAGAAUGCUUGGUUACACAGGGUACACAGCCUAUGGUAGUGCUCAUUUUGGUCCAGGCUCCGGGACGAUCUGGUUAGAUGACGUUGCUUGCUCCGGAUCUGAAAACUCUAUUUUCUCGUGCAGUCAUAGCGGAAUGGGAACUCAUAAUUGUGCGCAUGGUGAGGACGCCUCUGUUAGAUGUACCUAAUGAGAGAGUUUCGGCCUAUCAUAUAAAUGGGACUCAAUUAAGGUCUUACUGAUUGAACCAGAAGACUGUUUAAACAACUUGUAAGGCUAGUAUUUUCACUCUGCUUGUCCGUUUUAAAUGCGUGUUACAAUGUACUUUUUAAAGAAAAAUGAAAAGGGAACGAGUCAAAUCCCUAAGAUUGUAGGUCUUUAUUUCAGAAAAAAUUAUUGUAAGAUUUUGUAGAUUUUUUUAAUUAAUGUAUGAACAGAGUAAGUAUAGACUACCGGAUACAUGUGUAUAUAAAUGUAACAUUAUGUUAAGUAAAAUUUUAAUGCAGUUAAAAAUCAAUUUUUUUCAGACAUGCAGUCGAAACAUUGAGCACUUCUACUAGUGAAAUAUAAUUAAAACAAGAUUUA